GGUACGAAAUGCUAGCUCGUUGAUAUUCUAGGCCGCUGGGUUCAGAGUACUAGUAAAAAUUAAAUAUACUUACAAGCUUGAUCAAGCUCCUCCUUCAAAUCUUUCUUUAAUUCUUCAGAGAGCUUUCAUAUUAUUCAGAAAAGUUUCGGCUACGAAGAGAUUCAAGACUUGAAUGAUUGUUAAGGAGGAAGAGAUGGCGAAUCUGUUAGAAAGUAAUGGAGCUGUCGAGAAAAAGACUCAAGUAGUUUUUGAGGCAGAUGAAGAUACAUAUGACGGUGUGAAGGUGCAAAUCAAUGAGCUAAUGGAUUCUAACCACUUCGUUACUAUGCUUAGAGCUUCAAUAUCACAAUGGAGAAAACAGGGAAAAAGGGGUGUUUGGAUUAAAUUGCCUAUAGAACAUGCCAACCUAGUUAAUGCUGCAGUCAAGCAAGGAUUUUGGUAUCACCACGCAGAGCCAACAUAUUUGAUGCUUGUAUAUUGGAUUCCUGAAAUUCCACAUAUUAUUCCUGCAAAUGCUUCUCACAGAAUUGGUAUUGGAGCUCUUGUCAUGAAUGAUAAUGGAGAGGUACUAGUAGUCCAGGAAAGAAAUGGGGCAUUCAAGGGAACAGAGGUUUGGAAAAUGCCUACAGGUGUUGUUGAUGAGGGGGAAGAUAUAUGUGAUGCUGCUGUAAGAGAAGUGCAAGAAGAAACCGGAAUCAAAGCAGAAUUUCUAGAGCUACUUGCAUUCAGGCAAAGCCAUAAAUCAUUCUUCGGGAAGUCCGAUUUGUUCUUUGUUUGCAUGUUGAAACCACUCUCUUAUAAGAUCCAGAAGCAAGAUUCUGAAAUUAAGGGAGCACAGUGGAUGCAUAUGGAGGAAUAUGCAGCUCAACCUUUUGUAAAGAAGCAUGAGAUGUUCAAUAAAAUAGCAGAGAUUUGCUUAGCUAAAAAGAAGAACAAAUACAACGGCUUCUCCAAAGAGCUCAUGACUUCUGCAUUUUCUGCAAAAAAGAGUUAUCUAUACUUCAACCAAUAGCAAUUAACAUUAUCUUAAAGGGUUGAAUUGACAGAUUUCCUUUAUUCAACCGAAUCAAAGAGGUUACUGGUCAAGUUCAACUUCACACAAAAUAAUGUGAUCACCAAGCAAAUUAAUUAUCAUAUCUUUCCUUGUUUUCCUUUAUUUGUUAUUCUUGUCACAAUUGAAGAAGUUCUCAAUUGGCUUUGCUAAAAGUUCAUAAGCAUUUAUGUUUUCUUAGAAUUACAAAAAGAAAAACAAAAAAGUCAAUUACAUGAAUUGGUACUUUAGUAGUACUAUGUUGCAUGAAUCAUUGCUUUAAAAGGCGAUUGACAUGGA